UGAUAGUAGCUAUUGCUUAAUUUGUACAUUUGGUUUGGUUGUAAAAUGAGUCACUAGGUUUGUUUAAACCUUUUGUUAUAUAGUGUGAAUGCGGAAACUUUAACAAAAUAUGAUACAACGCAGGCAAAUACCAAGCCAACUUACGGGGUCCUCCACACACCGCUUUGUUUACAUCCACGUCACCCGGAAAUACAGGUGUCUUCUCUCAAAAUGAUUAGACAGUACUCAGAGCCUCCACUUUUUGGUGAAGACGAUGAUGGCAUUCACACAAGAAAGUCAAAUAUUAAGCAUCCCAUGGUCUCAUUCUUCCACCUGUUUUUUCGGACCAGUGCCAUUCUUGUUUACUUAAUGUGUGAAUUCUUCAGCAGUCGCUUUAUUGUUUGUAUGGUGUCAAUUAUCCUCCUGCUGUCAUGUGAUUUUUGGACUGUCAAGAAUGUGUCUGGGAGACUGCUGGUUGGGCUGCGCUGGUGGAACCAAGUCGAUGAAAAUGGCAAUAGUCACUGGAUAUUUGAGUCACGGAAGCAGACACAAAGUCAGAGCACAAUCUCUGGUGCUGAAUCUCGUAUUUUUUGGCUUGGUCUGACUGUGUGCCCUGUCUUCUGGAUCUUGUUUUUCUUCAGCACUAUCAUCUCUCUUCAAAUUAAAUGGCUGGCCGUGGUAGUCAUGGGUCUGGUUUUACAGUGGGCCAAUUUGUAUGGCUACCUGAGGUGUAAAGUCGGUGGGAGAUCAGAUCUGAAAGAUAUUGCUAAAGGCUACCUGGGAGCUCAGCUUUUUAAACAGGCAAUGAAGACAACAGAGGAACCUUAAGAUGAAAUUUGGUACAGUCAAAUUGUAUUCUUUGCCAUGGGCUUUGUAAACUGAAUAUAUUGCUGGCUUUUGGGGGAUUUAUGGAGGCUACAUGGUGAAAGUGAGAUGUAAUUGCUCUACACACACUGAGCCCAUCUGUUAAUCAUAAAUAUGCCAAACCAAAAACAACUUAAUGCAAUAUUUAUCUGCAUAUUUUUAAAGAACUUAGCUGUUUAGUUUAGUUUGUCCAAUGUUGUCAAUAAAAUCAUAAAAGUUUAA